CGACAACCUACAACAAAGUAACAGGAACCGGCGACAUGGCGUCUAGCAAGCUGCCACCUGGACACUUCUCAAUCCUGUAUUUUGCAGCCGCUUCGACGUUCACCGGGAAGUCGACCGAACAUAUGCCCGCCCCAGUGAAGGCGCGUUACCUGUUCGGUAAACUCGAGCAGUCGUACCCUGGCAUCGGCGAGAAGGUCUUGAGCAGCUGUGCUGUUACGGUGAACCUGGAGUAUAUUGAUAUCGACGGCGAUGAGGCGCCGCAUUUGAACCUGAUGAUUAAGGAAGGGGAUGAGGUCGCCAUCAUUCCACCUGUUAGCUCUGGGUGAGCAUCGUAGCUGGAGCUCAAUGUAGCACGUUAUGUGUCUCCGAAAAGAGGUUCGUGUGUGCUAAUUUCAGAGAGAAGAGAUUGAUUGAUUGGGGUUCCAUGGUACGACGUGGAGUACUUUAGCUAGAUUUCGUCCAAUGCUUAUCUGCGUCGCGAGCAAGGAGUGUUGUUACGGAUGAAUGAAUGGAGGGUGUUAAUGGGGAAGUUAUGAUGGGAACCAUUGGUAUCGACACACAGCAAGUUAGCAGCCACCUUGGGGCUAUGAGACAACGUGAACAGGCAGUGAUGCUUGUCUAGGGAUAGAAUAUGGGCGAGUGUGGAAAGGAAGUUCGCCCGAGGUAGUGGUCUCAACUUUGG